GGAAGUGCCCUGCUGCUAUGAGGGCUGGGGGCGCUGCCCGUCUCCGGGGCGGGGGACAGUCUCCGGGGCCGUUGUUUCAGCGCGCACCGCCUACAGAUGCGCCGGCCGUAACCGGCUCCGGCCAUGGCUCGGAGGCUGGGCGGAUUCUGUCCACCAUGGCCAGGCGUCCCCGGAGCAGCAGAGCCUGGCAUUUUGUCCUGAGUGCAGCGCGCCGAGAUGUGGAUGCCCGGGCUAUGGCUCUGGCAGGGACGGCUAACUGGGGCUACGACUCUGAUGGGCAGCACAGUGACUCCGACUCGGACCCUGAGUACUCGUCCCUGCCGUCGUCCAUCCCCAGCGCGGUGCCUGUCACCGGGGAGUCCUUCUGCGACUGUGACAGUCAGAGCGAGGCCUCUUUCUGCAGCAGCCUGUACACAGCACACCGGGGCAAGGACUGCCGCUGCGGGGAGGAAGACGAGUAUUUCGACUGGGUCUGGGACGACCUGAAUAAGUCCUCAGCCACCCUGCUGAGCUGCGACAACCGCAAGGUCAACUUCCACAUGGAGUACAGCUGCGGCACAGCAGCCAUCCGGGGCACCAAGGAGCUGGGGGAGGGCCAGCACUUCUGGGAGAUCAAGAUGACCUCCCCCGUCUACGGCACUGACAUGAUGGUGGGCAUCGGGACGUCAGACGUGGACCUGGACAAGUACCACCACACGUUCUGCAGCCUGCUCGGCAGGGACGAGGACAGCUGGGGCCUCUCCUACACGGGGCUCCUCCACCACAAGGGCGACAAGACAAGCUUCUCCUCGCGGUUUGGCCAGGGCUCCAUCAUCGGCGUGCACCUGGACACCUGGCACGGGACGCUGACCUUCUUUAAGAACAGGAAGUGCAUAGGUGAGGGCAGCUGGGGCCCGGACGGAGACACGUGCCAGCUGCUGAGGCCCCACAGGCGGCGGAGACCAGGGCCCAGGUGUGGCAGCCACCAAGCUGCAGAACAAGAAGUUCUACCCGAUGGUAUGCUCGACAGCGGCCAAGAGCAGCAUGAAGGUGAUCCGCUCGUGCGCCAGCAUCACCUCCCUGCAGUACCUGUGCUGCUACCGCCUGCGCCAGCUGCGGCCCGACUCCGGCGACACGCUCGAGGGCCUGCCCCUGCCGCCCGGCCUCAAGCAGGUGCUGCAACACAAGCUGGGGUGGGUCCUGAGCAUGAGCUGUGGCCGCCACAAGCCCCCUGCGCCGGCGCCCAAGACCGUGCCCAGCGCCAGCAGCCCCGAGACCCUGCGCUGCCAAAGGAAGCGCUGCCGACGGACCUAACUCAUCUCCCAGUGAACGCUGCCCUCUGGGGUGGGGGCAGAGUCUUCUCGGGCCCUCCCUGUGGGCUACGCUCCAAGGCAACAGGAGAGGGAGGAGGGGGCUAUCGCCACUGUUCCCUUGCUGCCUGAGACUGGGACAGGCCCAGGACCUGGAGACCAGGACUGUGCAAGUCCAUCUGCUUCCUGUGACGGGUGGAGGCUCUCCUGGGAGCAGCCGCUCCAGCUCUCGUGGACUUAGCCUGCGGGCCUGGGGGCUGGGCCCAGAGGCUGUGGGCUGCUACCCAAGGAGGAGGAGGCCUCGCUAGAGGUCAGCUCUUCCAUUGUUGCCAGCCUUGGGUCUUUCUUAACUUGCUUUGCAUGUUGUCAGCUGCUGUUCACCAGAAUAAACUUGGUUUGUCUGACCCGUAUGCAGCGGGAGAAUUAGA